CCAACCCACUCCCCUCCUUCAAAAAAAAAAACCCACUCCCCUACCCUUCUUCUCCCCCUCCCACACCAAUGGUUCCUUCACCAACCCCAAUUGAGCACCCGCCUCACCUCGCGAGCUGGUACGCGUCAAAGAAACCUCCAGCUCCCGAUUCGCCAUGGCUCAAGAACAACCCAAUCCCAACGAGGUCGUGCUCGGGCAGGAGAUCAACGGCGCGAGGGUGGUCACCCUCAACCGCCCGCGCCAGCUCAACGGCAUCAACGACAGAGUGGUCUAUCUCCUAGCGCAGCUCUUGGAGAAAUGGGAGCAAGAUGACGAUGCCAAGCUUGUCAUCUUCAAGGGAGCAGGACGCGCAUUUUCUGCUGGUGGGGACCUAAAGAUGUUCUACGAAGGGAGAUCAUCAGAUGAUUCCUGCCUCGAGGUUGUGUACAGGAUGUACUGGCUCUGCUAUCACAUUCAUACAUAUAAGAAAACCACGGUGGCCCUGGUUAAUGGACUUGUCAUGGGUGGAGGUGCAGCCAUGGUUGCUCCACUGAAAUUUGCAGUUGUCACAGAGAAAACAGUUUUUGCCACCCCUGAGGCAAGUGUUGGACUACACACAGAUUGUAGCUUUUCUUAUAUCCAUUCUCGGCUCCCUGGAUAUUUAGGUGAGUAUCUGGCUUUGACUGGUGCUAGACUGAAUGCAAAAGAAAUGAUUGCUGCCGGUCUUGCUACUCAUUUUGUUCAUUCUGAAAAAUUGGAAGAUCUUGAAAAACAAUUACUGAAUUUAAACACAGGCGACGAGUCUGCAGUCCGAGCUGUCAUUGAGGAAUUCUCUACGGAUGUUCAACUUGAUCAAGAGAGUAUUUUAAACAAGCUUUCAACUAUCGACAAAUGUUUCUCAGCCGAGACUGUUGAGGAGAUCUUGAAAGCACUUGAUUCAGAAGUGAGUGUGGACGGAAAUCAAUGGAUAGCUCCAGUCCUGAAGAGUAUGAGAAGAUCAUCUCCUACUGGAUUGAAGAUCACACUGCGAUCGGUUAGAGAAGGUCGGAAGCAGAGUCUGCAGGAGUGUUUGAAGAAGGAAUUCGGACUAACAAUGAACAUCCUCCGAUCUGUCAUUACUGGUGAUGUGUAUGAGGGUAUUAGAGCUCUGAGCAUCGACAAAGACAAUGCACCUAAGGUCUCCCUCUCCCUCCCCUCUCUCAAUACAAAAUUUUCUCGCACAUCUGUUCUUCAACUGGGGCCUAAAUGGGUUUACAUACAAUCUCAACAGUGGAGUCCUGCAACCGUUGAAGAGGUGAAGAAUGAAGACAUUGACCGUGUUUUCGAACCAUUCACCUCGGGACACGAGCUCCAAGUCCCAUCUGAUGAUUCCAACAGGUGGAGCGGCAAACACGAGCACACGGUCUAUGCGAAAUCUUCACAGUAAUCACCACAUAGCCAGGCUCUGGAGCAGCAGCCCUUUGUACUGGUGUUGCUGUAUGACAUGCAUGUUUGAGUGCAAAUGCACUACCUGUGUGUAACAUUAUGCCAACUGUUGAGAACUACUGUACUAUAAAGGAAGCAAUAAAGCAACUGAGGUUUCAUUA